CCGUUCAUAUCGUUCCAUCUACUGCUUCUCCCGUCUUGACAAAAAAAAUACACAUUUGCUUCUCAAUAUCCAUCACGACAAUCCCUCCAACAACACAUCCCUAGGCAUAAAAUGGACACCGCCCCGUUCCCCGAAAACGAAAAACUCAUCCUCGACCUCAGCAACUCCAUGCUCACCCACCUCACCACAACCCCCUUCUCCUGCAGCGGCCGCGUGCCCAUCCCCGCUUCCCAACCCGUACAACUCCGCUUCAAAGGCUGCGGUGAGAGCCUGCUCGUCCCUCUAUCCGUCGAGUCGGAGGAACAGCAGCGCCUUUUCGAGGCUUUGCUGAAUUCCAUGGUUCCUGCUUCUUUUGGGCGCGGGACGGAGGAGGUGUUUGAUGAGAAGUAUCGCCGGGCGUUGAAACUUGAUGUCGCGGAUUUCUUGACGAGUUUUUGUCCGUAUAAGGCGGGGAUUGUGGAUGUUGUGAGGCGGAUGUUGGUGCCUGGCGAUGGGAAGGGGGAGGCGAGGACGAUCAGAGCGGGACUCUACAAGCUUAAUGUGAACAGUGGGCCUGGGGGGAUGUUCAAGGCGCAUGUCGAUACGCCGCGGUCGGAGGAGCAGGUUGCUUCGCUGGUGGUGUGUUUGCCGGUGGCGCAUGAGGGAGGGCAGUUGGCUGUUCGGCAUGCUGGGCGUGAACUGCUGUACGAUUGGUCGCAGUCGCACGGCGUAUCGUCGAAGGAGGAGGACGAAGAGAUGGCCGAGCAGUCCAGCACUUCCUCUCCCUCAGCCAUCUACUGGGCGGCCUUCUACUCCGAUUGCACCCACGAAGUCCUCCCCGUCACCUCCGGCCACCGCGUAACACUGACCUACAACCUGUACGCCAGGACCAGAUUCCAACCAAACACAACCCAACAGCCCAGCAUCCAGCCUCCUCCCAAACAACCAUCCCAACUCGACGGCACCCAACUCCUCUUCAGCCGCGAUCUGGCCUCCGCGCUGGCGAACGAACGCUUCUUACCCAAAGGCCACGUGCUCGCCAUCAGCCUGACGCACGCGUACGCCCACACCUCCAAGCAUUUGGAUCUCAUCCCUGCACGGCUCAAGGGCGGCGAUCUAUACCUGUACGCUGCGUGCGCGGCGCUGGGGCUGAGGACCUUCUUCCGCCCCGUAAUCGAAUGCGACCCCGACGACGGUGAGGGCAUGCACAGGCCCUUCAAAGUCGUCGGCACGAAGUUCGAACACAUGAACACACCACACGUCCUCAACAAGCGGUUCCCAGAAGACGCGGUCGCGGUUGCCUGGCCCGGCACCGUUUUAGACAAAUGUAAAGUCACGUGGCUUGCGCCGGUGAGUAGAGGCAGUAAGUGGGAGGCGGCGUUUGGGUAUGCGGUUGUGAGUUUUACUUUUUAUGCUCCUGGUGUUGGGUGUCUGGGUGUCUGCUGAUGUGGGUCGUAGUAUGGCAAUGAGCCUGGCGCGGCGGAGACGAUGUACUCGGCCGCGGCGAUGUUUGUCGUUGUUCCGCCUUGGGCGCAGAGGGUUGGGAAGAAGACUGGACCAGAGAAGCUGGAGUUGUACCCUUUGAUCAGGAAGGAUGAGAAGUGCGUUUGUCCUCCGGGGGAGUUUGAUAGUGAUGAUGAGAUCGGGUGGUGAUGGUCUGGCAUUUUUGGUGGGAUCAUCUCAGAGGGGAUCAUUAAGGGGAGAAUGGUCAUUUUUCGGUUUUCGGUUCCUCUUCGCACUACACUGUUCUACAUCUCCAACAUGGGC